AUGAGAAAUGGAACCGAAGAAAGCAGAACUAAUGAGCUCAUAAAUAGGGCCGAAUCCAUGGAAACGCCAACUGACCAGUUACAGACCAUUGGACAGGGAAGCAAAACUCUCAUAUGCAUCUUAUUUACAAAAACUGAACAUCGAUCUUCUCUUCAACGCGUCUGCCUGAACUUUCCUGAAUAUUCAUUGACUAGACAUAAAGCGAAUUUACAAGAAGAAAGCAUACUACUCGCAUACAUCCCCAUCAGUGGUAUCACCGUUACAUGGGUAGUGUCUAUGGAAACGAACGUAGUGGACAAGGGCCACCAUCUUCGAAGUUUCAUAAAACCCAGCCAGUUCAGAAUAACACAUGGCCAAAGCAACAGUUUGAGACUACUUACAUAUAUAUAUCGCGAUAUCUCGAAUAUCGUAGCGACUGAAACAAGAGAGAGCCUGGUGCAGCACAUUUGGUCGCCUGGAAACAUAAAAACCAUGAGAUUCAGCUUGGUUUCAGGCUCAUUUUGUGCGAUUCUCUCUUCUCUUCGGACGUAA